GAAGAUAAGAUUAACCGGUGAAAUAUUAUCCGUGGAUGGAAAUGUAAUUGCGUGCCACCGUAUUCUAAAACUUCUAUGGACUCGUAAUGAAGGUAAAGAGAUAUAGAGAAAUAUUUUAUUAAUUAUUUGUGUUUUAUAUAAUCGGCAGAUUUUUUUUUAAUAUCACAUUAUUUUUGGUUUUUUCAGAGAAUUCAGGGAAUAUCGACAUGACUUCAGGAUCUUCAAGAUCAAAUUUUACUUCAUCAUCAACGGUUUUGAACUCUGUACCAUCCACCGCACCAUGCACUACAAGCUCUGUACCAUCUGCUGAAAUACCUGUACUGCCAACACCAUCCUCGUCAACAUCAUCGUCAAGUUUGUCUCCACCAAUGGCUGAAGAAAUGCUACAUCGUGAAAAUGAACUUGAAAAUUCACAAAAAGGAGAGGGGAAUGAUGAUAUUACAGCUAAUCAUAAUGAACAGUUGGUUGAGGUUCUGGGUAGAGAAAAAUCAUUUAAUAAAAAAUUCAGCGUGACCCAAUUAGGAGUGAAAUUCCGAAUUCAAAGACCCAGUGGAGUAACAAACGGAUUUGGGUGGCUGCAUGAUGCCUUUCAGGAAGUAAUAAAUAUGAUCACAGCUGAAGGAAAUAUUGGAGAUAAAGCUGCUUUGGAACUACAUCUCCCAGAAAAACCUGAAGUUAAAGCUAUUUACAAUGGACUCACUCCUAUUGAUGAGCUAUCAGCAGAUGUUCUUCUCAGCAGAUUUGAAAAAGUAAAUCAAAGCAAUGCGUCAUUUGGAGUCGCUGACGUAUUGCUUAUUACAGCCGCAAUUGUGCACAUGAAGCAGGGCCGUGGACGAAAUAAAAUUGUUCACAUGAAUUCAGGCGAAAUUAGAAGAUUCAAGAAAUACAGCGUCAUCGAUCCUGGAGCAGAGGAAUUCUGUCUUCCCAUAGCUAUCCUUUUUGGGAGAGUGUUAAAUAUGAAAAAUUCGGAACGCAGUAAGAGAACUCUACUCAGUUGGAGACGUUACAGUGCAAAAUUAAGGAUUCAAGCUGUAAAUUUGGUUAAGGUAUGCGGAGGGGUAAUAAACCCUAAAGGUGAAUAUGACAAUAACUUCAUUUCAUUGUUUAAUACUAAGUUCCCUAAAUAUUUAAUAACUGUGUAUAACAAUGUGAGUGAUUGUAAAAGUAUCACAUAUAAAACACAAAAAACAGAUCUAAAUUCGUCUAACCGUAUAAAUUUAUUUUUCAAUGAGAAAGAAAGACAUUACUUUUGCAUUAGCAAUGUAAAGUCUUUUUUCAAUUUUAGAAAACAAUGUGAUGUAUGUGAUGUUCUUUAUAAUUGCGAUCAUAGAUGUCCUGGGCGUUGUACUUUUUGUAAUCGUGAACCGCCGUGUCCAUUUGUUCAAUUCCUCAAAAAGUGUAAUGAUUGUAAUCGAGAAUUUCGUGGGGAUCAAUGUUACAACUACCACAAAGUAAAUAACACUUGUAAUACAUUUAAAAUAUGUGUAACUUGUGACACAUUUUACAAAGUCACAAAGUCCACGGAAAUGUCACCUUUGAAAGAAAAACCUGUUAGAAAAAAUUUGGAUGAGUUGAUUUUUGAAAGUGCUGACAACGGUGUGGACACAGUUGAUAGCGAUAAUCAAAUUGAUGACGAUAUUUCCCCACCUGAAGCCGAAAUAUAUUCAGAUGAUACAAUUGAUGAGGAUCCUGAGGAAUUGAUUCCCGCUGAGGAAUUUAAUGGAUUACCGACAGAUGUUCAGCAAAAUUUCAAAAAAAAAGCAAAUGAAUAUAUUAGACAUUCUCCGAGUGCAAAAGAUGUACCGUCAGCAAUAGGUAUUUUAGGAGAAGAUGGAACUGUGUAUCAUAUAUCAACGGACAUUGAUUUCACCAAGCUUUUUAAGGAGGCCCAGGAGAGGCAACCUGUGUACAGUAGUAAAUUGACUGCAGGCCAUUACUAUAGAUGCGAGAAGUUCAUCUCAGGGGUGAACACUUUUGGGCAAGAAGUUGUUAUAGCUAUUCUAAAGAACGGCUAUAAGAUCUACUUGCCCAAGAGGCUCAGCGAUAAAGUCAUGCCUCAUUGCGACGAGCUGAAGCCCGAGGAUAAUUGGGCUUUAAAGCUCGUCCGCUACGAAGAAGAGGAGAUGGUGUUUAACGGUGUUCGGAAGAACACCAAAACACCCAUUUUAGAAAUCAUCAAAGGGGUGAAAGAAGAUGGCAUUCCCGAUGGUGAUGGUAAAAAUGCUGCUGCUGUUGCUGAGGAAACGGGAGAAAAAAACUCUCUGGAACCUCUUCCGGGACCGAGCAGCAGCACUGACAAUAACAACAGCCACAACACCAUCACACCUCAAGGCCCUCAGCCUAUUAGGAGAAAGAGGGAGCUUCCUUCUGCAAAGCAGCGAAGGGAUAAAGUGAAAAGACUUCUCUCAAAGAUGCAGAAGAAGCAGAUGCCACACGAGUCGCAAAUCGACUUGUUCCUGAGCGACAGCGACGGUGACGUCACAUUUAUACCGGACUUAGACGCCGAGGUUUUUGAGGAUGAAGAUGUCUUCACCCAGAGAAAAUAA